AUGUCGCGAGUCGCUUUUUUCACCUGGUGCGUUGUGACAGCUCUGGUCAGUUUAAGGGCAAGAGGUGAGACAGUUUGCUAUCCUGAGCUGGACUGUUUCUCGACUGAAGGUGGUUUCGUGGAUAGACUCCCGGCGGAGCCAGCCACCAUCAACACACAGUUUCUCCUCUUCACCAGGAACAGUCCUUAUGACGAACAGUACCUUAGGCACGUCACUCUUCGGGAGUCACACUUUAACAGUUCAAAGGACACAAAGUUCCUGGUACACGGCUACAUGGACGACAGGACAGAGGAGUGGCUGGUCAUGGCCACGGACGCCAUCUUGGAUCGUGAUGACGUCAAUGUCGUCGUCGUGGACUGGGGAGGAGGGGCGAUGGAGAUGGACUACCCACAAGUCGCCGCGAACGCUCGUGUGGUCGGCGCGGAGCUGGCAAGAUUCAUAUCUUUCCUUAUAGAAGACCUUGGCGUUAGCAGCCGUUCUAUCCACAUCAUUGGCCACAGCUUGGGUGCUCAUAUUGCGGGUUAUGCCGGGCAACGGCUGGCCAAAUCCGGCUCCAAGAUAGGAAGAAUCACUGCUCUGGACCCAGCAGAGCCGGGUUUCCAGGGCACACCCAGGCACGUCCGGCUGGACCCGAGUGACGCCGUGUUUGUGGACGCCAUUCACACGGACGGGGAGUUUUCAGGCUUCGGGAUGUCUGAGCCCGUCGGCCAUUUGGAUUUCUAUCCCAACGGUGGAAGGGACCAGCCUGGAUGUAGCGAUAACCUGUUCAACUCCAUCUGGGCCCACGGGCUGUAUCACGGCGGGAAAAACUUCGUCACGUGUAACCACAAGCGCGCCCACCGCCUGUUCGUGGAGUCUGUCCGCUCGGCCUGCCCGUGGCGCGGCUACCCGUGCUCGGGGAGGGACGCGUUCCGGCGGGGGGACUGUCUGUCGUGCGGCGCCACCGGCUGCUACAAGAUGGGGUACGACGCCGUCGAAAAGACGCCCCCUAGCGGAACUGAGCUAGUCAAGUUGUACCUCACAACCGAAGGCCAGGAACCAUACUGUCAUCGGAACGAAUACAGAGUGGAAAUAAUCCUGUCCAUGAAAGGGGACGUGUUCUGUGCCUAUGGCAGACCGCUGGCAGCGAACCAGGCUCACACUAUCCACAUAGGGGACUGCUGA